AGGACGAGCUUCUCCUCAACGGCGCGUAACUCUCACGCGUACGUCCACAUAAACGAGUCGAGCGAUCUCUCGCUGAUAAUCGAUCGUAGACAGAGAGAUGUGGGUAUUCUACUUGAUCUCGUUGCCUCUAACCCUAGGAUUAGUUGUAUUCACGCUCCGUUACUUCGCCGGACCUGAGAUUCCUCGGUACGUUCUAAUCACCGUCGGAUACACCUGGUUCUGCUCCGUCUCCGUCAUCAUCCUCGCUCCUGCCGACAUAUGGACGACACUGUCUCUGCCACCUAAUCAUCCUGAGAAUGGUGCCAUUUCCUUCUUGUGGAGUUGGUCAUACUGGAGUACCUUCCUUCUCACCUGGGCUGUGGUGCCCCUUAUUCAGGGUUUCGAAGAUGCUGGGGACUUUACCGUCUCAGAGAGACUGAAGACUAGCCUGCAUGUCAACUUAGUUUUCUAUCUUGUUCUCGGAUUCGUUGGUCUUCUCGGUCUUAUCCUUCUCAUCAUGAUGCACAGGAACUGGAAAGGGAGCAUUCUUGGUUAUGCUAUGGCAUGCUCAAAUACCUUUGGGCUGGUCACUGGUGCAUUUCUUCUUGGCUUUGGCUUGAGCGAAAUCCCUAAGACGCUGUGGAGGAAUGCAGACUGGACCACCCGCCAAAAAGUUCUCUCUCACAAGAUUGCCAAAAUUGCUGUGAAACUUGAUAAUGCCCAUCAAGAACUUUCAAACGCGAUUGUAGUUGCUCAAGCGACUUCUACUCAGAUGUCCAAGCGUGAUCCUAUGAGACCAUACAUGAAUGUGAUCGAUGCUAUGCUGGCUAAGAUGUUUAGGGAAGACCCAUCAUUUAAGCCUCAAGGUGGUCAACUGGGUGAAAACGAUAUGGACUAUGAUACAGAUGAGAAAUCAAUGGCAACAUUAAGGCGGCACCUUCGAAAUGCUAAAGAGGAAUAUUAUAGAUAUAAAAGCGAGUAUCUGACGUAUGUUACAGAGGCCCUUGUUCUUGAAGACACAAUGAAGAACUAUGAACGGCGUGAUUCAACUGGAUGGAAAUAUAUUUCGAGCUUCAGAACCAGUCGAAGCGGAAAAUGGAGGAAUCUUCUUGAUACAUUGGAAUUUAUAUGGAGGUGUCUGCUGAAGAAACAUAUACAAAUGAUGUUAGCAAUAGUUACGGGGAUUAUGUCAGCUGCAAUUCUUUUAGCUGAGGCAACUCUCCUUCUUAGUAAACUGGACUUAUCUCUCUUCUCAAUCCUUAUUAGGUUUGUCAAAUCCGAUGAACUGCUAGUGCAGGCAUUUGCUUUUGUACCUUUAGUGUAUAUGUGUAUCUGUACAUAUUAUUCACUCUUCAAAAUUGGGAUGCUGAUGAUUUAUUCCUUGACCCCUCGACAAACAAGUUCUGUUAAUCUACUAAUGAUUUGCUCGAUGAUUGCUCGAUAUGCGCCGCCAAUAUCUUAUAAUUUCAUUAAUCUCAUUCAACUUCGUUCCGAAACUAUAUUUGAGAAGAAAAUGGGUAGAAUCGAUGACGCUGUUCCGGUCUUUGGACAACGGUUCAAUGAAAUAUAUCCUCUCAUAAUGGUUAUCUACACACUACUGGUUGCAAGCAAUUUCUUUGAUCGCGUAUUUAAUUACUUCGGUAGCUGGAAAAAGUUUAAAUUUCAAACAGAGACCGACGAUAUGGACGGUUUUGAUCCUUCGGGAUUAAUGAUUUUGAAGAAAGAACGAACAUGGCUUGAGGAAGGACAAAAGGUUGGCGAGCUUGUUCUUCCAUUAGCAAGGAACUUCAACGAUGUUGAUGACGUUGAACAAGGAAGCAAUUUCUCUCAGGAACAUUCUUCAGUUGAAAUGAAGAUGUCGUCCAGCUAUGACACAAUGAAAGGAAGUUCAUCAAAUGAUGAUAUUUCCCGUAGAUACGGAUCAGCUAGAGAAGCAAUCACUAACAAAUAUGCAGCUAUCAGAGAACAACAGAACAGAUACUCGCCAUCCCCUGUCUCAAAGUCAGAGAACAUGGCUUCAGCUAAAGUGUCUUUACUCGAAACAGACAGUUCGGGACGAAGUAAUGGCGAAGGUGGAGGAGGAUCAGGAGAGUCGUCUUCUCGUUUGGCUUCAACAUGGAGAAACAUGAAAGUAGGAAUCCAGAGUUUUAAAGAGAAUGUAGCCACCAAGAAGUUUCUUCCACUAAGGCAAGGUCCAGAAUCAACAACAACAGCAACCAGCACAAGAGUGAUGAAUCCAUCAAGGCCGCAGUCAUUAGAUGAUAUAUUCCAGAGACUGAAAAACCGGUCAGUAGAACACGGGCACUACCUUGAUGAUGAUGAUGAUGAUGAUGAUGAUGAAAGCUGAGUGAGAGAAAGCGAAAAGAGCAAGCAUUAGAUUUGUUCACUAUAGUGUAGGGAAAAGUUACAAGUCACUGAUGAAAAGGAAAAUGCUAACAUGAAAUGUUAUAAAACUCAUAACCGAACAUUUGGAGUUGUAGAGUGUCCCAUUUUUUGGGUCGUGGGUUUUAUAUGCUUACAGUUAUUAGGAACAUGUUAUAUACUGUUGGACUGUAUCUUUAUAUGCUCAAAAACUUAAGGAAUUUAAUUGAUAAACCACCAACUAUGAUUUCUUU